AUGCUGAAGGGCCCUGAGGGGUUCAAAGUCUGCUAUGCUCUACGCCUAGAGUUCAGCACCACUAACAAUGUAGCAGAAUAUGAAGCCCUAAUAAACGGGAUGAUGAUCACAGUAGAAGUAGGGGCAACUGAUCUCGAGGUAAAUAGCAAUUCCCAGUUGGUAAUCGGUCAGAUAACGAGGGCAUAUCAGGCAAAAGACCCAACCAUGCAGAGAUACUUGGCGAAGGUCAAGGCAAUAGAAGCUGAGUUACGAGGUCGGGAGAUCGCGAUAAGAUACCAGAGAAUACCUCAGGAAGAAAAUGAAGAGGCAGACCUGCUCAGUCGAUUGUCUAAAGAGGAGCUAGAACAACUCCCAGAUGAGAGGGAACGCUAUAAUGAAGUAGGAGAAGGGCGGAAUUGGAUGACCCCAUACCUCGACUAUUUGGAAAAAGGAAAACUUCCCGAAGAUAAAGCUGAAGCUAAGAAAAUUGCAGCUCGGGCUGCCAACUACCAGGCAAUAAGGGGAACUUUAUACCGAAGAGGGAAGUCCAGUCCGUGGCUCCGGUGUGUAAGCCCGGAGGAAGCUAUAAGGGUGAUGGAAGAAAUACACCAAGGAGUGUGCGGAGCUCAUGAAGGAGCUGGGACACUGGCAAACAAAAUAUUCAGACAAGGAUACUACUGGCCCACUGUUAAAAAAGAGGCGGAGGAGUUUGUCCGAAGAUACGAUAAGAAGUUUGUAGUAGUGGCUGUGGAGUACUUCUCAAAAUGGCCAGAGGCAGAGGCAAUCCCUACAAUUACAGCUAGAAAGAUGAUAGAUUUCGUCUGGGGCAACAUUAUAUGUAGAUUUGGGAUACCAAGAGUGCUCAUAUCGGAUAAUGGCAGACAGUUUGACUGUAAGACCUUCAAGGAAUUCACAGUAAACAUGGGCAUAUGGCACAAAUUCUCCUCGGUGGCCCACCCUCAAACCAACGGCCAAACAAAGGUCACUAAUAGAGCUAUCCUCCAGGGACUAAAGAAGAGACUGGAUGGAGCAAAGGAAAAUUGGGCAGAUGAACUCAACAGUAUCCUCGAGAGCACCAACGACGAUAAGUUGAGGAGUAACUUAGACGCCCUGGAAGAAGUUAGAGAAGAAGCUCAAGUCCGCACGGCUGCAUAUCAACAUAGGGCAGCUCGUUACUACAACCAGCGAGUCAGAGAAAGGAGCCUAAAGGUGGGAGACCUCGCACUAAGAAACUUGGAAGCCACUGGAAAAAGGGCUGCAGUUGGAAAGCUAGCACCAACUUGGGAAGGCCCCUUUAGGAUAACCAAAGUCGUCAAACCGGGUGUAUAUCGAAUUGAAGACCUGCAAGGAAAUCCAGAACCCCACGCUUGGAAUAUACAGCAUUUGAAGAGGUACUUCCUUUAA